AUGGCUUCAUCAAGCUUUUCACCAGCUGCACCUCAAGUAUUCAAUGGAGAAGGCUAUCACAUAUGGGUGGUCAAAAUGAAGACUUACCUGCAGGCUUAUGAUCUGUGGGAGGUGGUCAACUCAGAUGUUGAACCGGAACCACUUAGAGGCAAUCCAACAGUGGCUCAGAUCAGGCAGCAUGCUGAUGAGAGGACCAAGAGGCACAAGGCCAUGUCUUGCAUUCAGAACUCAGUGUCAGAUGUGAUUUUCACAAGGAUUAUGGCCUGUGAAUCACCAAAACAGGCCUGGGAUAAGUUGCAAGAAGAGUUUCAAGGGACAGAGAGGACAAGGAAAGAUUCAUCGAAUUUGAGGAGAGAUUUUGAGAAUUUAAAGAUGAAAGAAGAAGAAACUGUCAAGCAAUAUUCUGACAGGAUUAUGGCUGUGGUUAAUAGCAUCAGGCUCCUUGGAGAGCGGUUUAAUGAAGCUAGGAUAGUGGAGAAAGUAAUAGCAACUCGCCGAGAGGUAUGA